AUGGAAGAUGUUGAAACAAGUAAGGAUGUAAUAUGCUUUGAGUGCAAGAAGAAUGUACACAUCAAGCCUAACUGUCCCUUACUGAAAAAGAAGAAAGCAAAGUAUGAGAAGUACAAGAAAGCUCUUAAAGCAAAAAUCUGGAGUGACAUAGAAUGUUUUGCUGAUUCCGAGGAAGAAGAAGAGGAUGAAAGUGAAAAAGAACCAGAAGAAGAGAGUGUUGGUGAAGAAACUAAAGUAAAAGAGAGUGAGGAUGAUGACUCAAAAGGGGAUGCCAAUGUGAACAAGGAACAUGAUGAGACUGACAAGGAAGGAGAAGAUACAAGGGAAAUUGAUGCUCCAUAUGAUGAGGAGAUGGGAACUAGUAAACAAACCCGUGCAGGAAAAGAAAAGGUUCAAGAAGGAGAAGUUACUUCUCAAAUUUUAGGCACCAAGACAAGAGAAGUAGGUGAUAAAACUCCUCUUACUGAACCAACUGCUAGUGAUGGCAUCAAUUGA